CUCAUCUCUUUUCAUCCCAUUCUCACAACUCACAACUCUCUCUGUCAGCCACAACCAGCAAUGGCGAGUCUACCGAGCACCAUGUUCAGCUCCGUGCACCUCCAUAGGGCAGCGGUGGUGGGCUCCACCACCAGGCUCCGCUCCCUCCCAAAAUUGAAAGUAAAAGUCGGGCGAGGGGGCGGAGCAACGUGCAUGGCGACGUACAAGGUGAAGCUCAUAACACCGGACGGAGAGGCAGAGUUCGAGUGCGGGGACGACGUUUACAUCGUGGACAGGGCGGAGGAGAAGGGCAUUGAGCUGCCCUACUCUUGCCGCGCAGGAGCUUGCUCCUCCUGCGCCGGGAAGGUGGUCAGCGGGGCAGUGGACCAGUCGGACGGAAGCUUCCUCGACGACGACCAGAUGAAGGAGGGAUGGGUGCUCACGUGCGUCGCUUAUCCCACCUCCGACCUCGUCAUUCAAACCCACAAGGAGGCUGAACUCACCUUUUAAUUCACUUGUAUUCUCAAUAUUGGAGUAUUUAAAUUACUUCAUUAAUCUCAUUUAACUACGGAGUAAGAUAUACGUCCAACUACUUUAGUUUUA